AUGGCGACUAACGGAUCUGCGAGCUCGGGACAGCUCUCCCAGAAGGAAGCUGACAUCAAAAUGAUGUGUGCUGCUGAGGUUCACCUCGGUACCAAAAACUGCAACUACCAGAUGGAGCGAUACGUCUUCAAGAGACGCAACGACGGUAUCUACAUCUUCAACCUCGGCAAAACAUGGGAGAAGCUGCAGAUGGCUGCAAGAGUGAUCGUUGCUAUUGAGAACCCAAAGGACAUCAUUGUGCAGUCAGCUAGGCCAUACGGUCAGAGAGCUGUCCUCAAGUUCGCUCAGUACACUGGAGCCAACGCCAUUGCUGGAAGGCACACUCCUGGUACCUUCACCAAUCAGAUGCAGACCUCAUUCAGCGAGCCAAGGCUUUUGAUCCUCACUGAUCCACGUACUGAUCACCAGCCCAUCAAGGAAGGUGCUUUGGGUAACAUCCCCAUCAUUGCUUUCUGUGACACUGACUCUCCCAUGAGGUUUGUUGACAUUGGAAUCCCAGCCAACAACAAGGGAAAGCACAGCAUUGGUUGUCUUUUCUGGCUUCUUGCUCGCAUGGUCCUUCAGAUGCGUGGAACCAUCCGUCCAGCUCAGAAGUGGGACGUCAUGGUCGACCUGUUCUUCUACAGGGAGCCUGAGGAGUCCAAGGCAGAGGAUGAGGAUGAGUCUGCACCACCGGCUGACUUUGGACUACCUGCUCCUGAAUACGGAAUGGUUGGUGGAGACCAGUGGACCACUGCUGCGAUCCCUGAUGCUGCAUGGCCUGGAGAAGCCCAGCAGCCAAUCGCUGCUGCUCCAGCCGCUGGUUCUUGGAACGAUGCCGCUCCUGCUACAGGAGGUGAAUGGGAGACGGCCGUGCCACCAACAAAUGUUCCACCAAGUGGCUGGGAAUAA